AUGAGGUUCUCCGUCUCUGCGGCUGCCCUCCUCGUGGUCGUCCCUCUCGUUGCGGGUGCGCCUUUCGAAGCCAAACGUCAGGUCGACCAGCUUCUUCAAGGUGCGACCGGCACAGCUGGCGAUGUUGUUGGUGGAGUCACUGGCGCAGCAGGCGAUAUUGUCGGCGGAGCUGGCAACACAGCGGGCAGUGCCCUUGGGGGCGUAACAGAUGCAGCUGGCGGUGUUGUCGAUGGGAUUACGGGCACUGCUGGCGAAGCCGUUGGAGACGUCACUGGUGCUGUGGGUAACCUUGUUGGAGGUCUCACUGGCACCGCCGGUGAUGCUGCCAAUGAUGUAGGCAACGCUGCAGGGUCGGCGACUCAAGGAGCUGGUGGUCUUCUCAGUGGCUUGACAGGGUCACUCAGCGGGUCUGAUGCGAACGCUGGCUCAGCGCAAGGCAAUGGUGCAGCCGCUGGUGCAGGUGCUGCAUCGAAUGCAAGCGCAAUCGCUUAA